GUUGCUCCCCGUUUCGCGUUUCCACGGGACCCCUCGGUCGUCGAGCGAGAAUCUUAUUAGAUUUCCUUAAAUUUUCGAAAUAAUCGAACAUGAUGAAAGAGUGACAGUGAUGAUAAAACAAUUCGAUUAAAGAAAGUUGUGAAAAAUAAGCUACACAUUGAAUUCUUAGAUCUAGUCUCGAUCUCAGGUGAUAUAACUUCCACGGUGUCAUCAUCAUUAUAGUGUUGACAGCAUUGUCUCAAAGGAACAAUCGAAGAAUAUGGCGAAGAAUAUUUAUUUUUCUUUGUGUUAAGUUCAAACAUUGCUGCUAUGGAUGCUUUAUUUCUCAAGAGAGAUCUUCAGAGUCCUAAUCUGUAAUAAAAUAAUUAUCAGAAAAAAAUUAAAACCCAUUACAGUCCUUAUUUAUUAAAAAAGGAGGGAAAAUAAAAAGAAAAAUAAAAGUAGUGUUAGUUUCUUAGCAUCUCGUAAACACUGUCGGCGUUCUCCCUUUCGGCGGGAGGAUAAUUUCGUGUCCGUGGAGGGUUGACCCUCGGAACGCGCGAGGGAUGCGCGCGAGGGUGUUUGUACGGCGUGGAUAGGCGAAUCGGUAAUUUCGCGUGCGGUGGCCGGGCUCUCGAUAUCGAUUCCGGAAGGUCGUCGCCGCCGAAGUAGUCGCGCACCCUCGGUCCGUCCUUCGGUUGACGGCAAGACAGCAAGACGUGCUUGUCGACGCAUCGUUGCGCGCGGAAUCGAUGAGAGGCAAGAUCGAUCGAUCGGAUCGGAGCUGGCGAUCGAGCUCAUCUACUGUGCUUUGAUCCCAUGCGACCAAACCGCGUUGGGGAAGAUGAGGAAUGAACCCGGCUAAGGCCACUACGUGAACAAACAGAAUAGGGACGCAGAAUUAUUAUCUUGUCCGGGGCACCGAAAUAUCUCGGUUAAGCCCUGGCAGUCAUCAAUGAAGAGCCGGACAUGAAUUGGACAUCCGAACGGACAUCAUUAAGAUUAUUAAUCAUCCUUCUUCUAAAAUGCGGUAUCACAAGAUCGAUAGUAGAUGCGAGGGAGCCGAUUUUGUUAAAAGUUGUCGCUCCUCCGUCCCAUAUAGCCUUGUCCGGCGACGUGACAGUUUUUAUCCUAGAUUCGGCAGAAACGGAAUCUUCCACGAUAUCCACCAAUACCGUGGUCACCAACGACACAAAUGGCACGAAGAAAGAUGAGAAAGAUAAAAUCGAUCCGGAGAGAAACGAAAUUAAUGGGAGUCACGAACCGCUCGUGCUUAGAGUACUAUAUGUCGAUGGCCUCACGUCAGAAUUGAUUGGUGAUUUUCCUCUUGAUACCUUACCGCAUAAGGGUGAAAAUAUUUCUGUGAUAAUACCUUGUGGUGUCUUCUCGCGUGGCGGAAUUUAUACACUACGACUUCAGUACAAGUUCUCAACCGUGGCUGCCAGACACAACACUGCCAUUGCUGGGCUGCCUGAAAUUGAGAUGAGCAGUGCCUUAGAUGUAAAGUGGCCAAUCCCUUCUCUGCUCCUGGAAUCCCAACACUUCGGUACAUAUCCUAGUCAACCGCUAAUAGCGACUAUAAAGUACAAUGGAAUCUCAUGUGUGCCUGCCAAUGGCAUUCCCGUAGCGGCUUAUAGUUUGCAGCUCAUAUAUUGCGGCACCACCCCCGCCGCCUGCGAUCCACAAAAUAACAGCCGCAUGCAAAUGCUUUAUUACGAAGAGAUAAACGGUUUCACCUCGCCAAAGGUCAUCGAACUAAAGUGCGAUUUUUUCGGUCUAGCCGGAAAUUACGCACUUAGAUUAAAGGCCUCGGACAUUAAUCCUUCCGCGCCAACGACAAGCGCAUACAUAAAGGUGGAAUGGUCUGACGAGUUCAACUUCAACGUUCACGCAAGAUCGAUUUACCCUUGCGAGGGAUCAGCGGGUAUAUCGGUCCUCUUCCAGUAUCCAGCGUGUCGUCUUCAGGGCGAUCGCGUGCGUGUCUAUGGCCGCCUCCGGGCAGACGUCAGUUCCCUGGCACCGCCGUCCGCGUUGCAUUAUAUUGCGGAAUUGAAGGCGGCGCCGGGCAAGCACUCGUUGAACUUCGAUUGCGAUAUUUUCACCGAGAAGUUCAUCGAGUACUGUUUCGUUUACGUGAGCCAGGCGAUCACCGGCGCGAUGGCGGAAGUAAAGCUCGCGUGCAUACCCACCUUCCCGCUUUUAGAAAACGACGCGGCCGGUUGGGGUCCUUGGAGCGCGUGGAGUCCUUGUAGCAGCUCCUGCGUGGGUGGAACGCGUAAUCGAUAUCGAUUCUGCGAUACACCACCCCCGAAAUAUGGGGCGAAAUUUUGUCAGGGAAAAGCGGUCGAGACAGAAUCGUGUGGCGGCACCGGCAGAAUCGAUUUUCAGGAAGCGUGGAAUACUGAGGGAUGGGAGUGUCGACACGGAACGACAUUAGCGGCCACAAGACCGGAAGUUACAGCUCAGGUCGGCCUUCAAUGUCGAUGCGGUUGUAUUAUAAAUUUCCAUGAUCAAAUCUUGAAUAAGAUCCUAGCGGCGAAUACACAAGCCUGUCCCGGUCGAUCCUUCUGGCUGCUACAGGCAAAAUCAGACAACGUGAUCCGACUGCACUUGGACCAAACGCAGUUUCCCUGUCCAGGACAAUAUUUUCGCGCCCGCGACGGUGAUUCGCGGAGCGCGGAAUUAUUGACAGAUAUCGCGUUUGACAAGAGCGGGCCCGCAACAAGAACGAUAUUCUCUUCGGGUCAAAACUUGCUGUUGGAGUUCUUUAGUGAUGAGUCGACUGCAUCAGGAGACUCCUGCGUGGGUGGUUUUCUAGGACAUGCCAGCAUGUUUCAGAAACUUUACGAAAAGAAUAAGACGUCACUUCCCUCGCAAACAAGUUCCACUCCUACUGUCGAGCGAUGGAUCUUCUGGGGACCCGCGCAUUUGGCGACAGCAUCUUUUUUGAUACUCAUAUUCUUUAUAUCUAUUUUUCUAGCAUUGCAAUUUGCACUGAAAUAUAGAAAGUAUCAUAUCGCGGAAGAUUUGGAUACUCUGAGCGAACAUUCCGAAUGUAGCGAUACGAUGGGUCGAGCAAAAUCGAUGUCUUCUACGACAUUAAUUUCGGAAGUCGCAUCUCUAGUGGGAUUGCCAAGAAAAUGUACACCACGAUUUUCAAAACGUAAAUUGGCUCCUUGUGCGGUAGAGGAUGGCUACGAUAGUUCAGAAACAUUAGCAGAAUAUGAGGAUGAAACCAGCUUGAGUUCUACUACUUUGAAACUAAAAGAUAACGAAGAAAGUUCUAUGGAGACAAGUAUAAUACCAAACAAACUGCAUAUAGAUGAAACACCGUCGAUAGUAUCGGCUAUUAUGGCAGUUGGUCAGCCAGAAGUAAAAUAUGCCCAACCAGUCAAAUUACGCACUUUGGGAUCAAACAGCCCGGCAGCGGACAAACCGAUGUCGGACGAUACGAAAUGUCAAAGCACAGCAAGCAUCACCAAUAGCCCUCAUAUUGCAAGACUUCAUCGCUCGUUCAAUGCUUUGCAAUCCAAGGAUUCGUCGACGAGCAGUCCACAGUCAGGCGUUUCUACGUUACGCAGCGGUAAAGAGACAAAGGAUCGUCGAAAUCGCGAGCGACUGCUUCAAGGACCGGGCUCGGAGUUUAGUCUGACUAAUCCGGAGACGGAUAUGGAACUGGACUAUUACGAUUACAACGUAGCGAAUGCUGGCGCGGCGCCGGGCUCGUACUUAGGUAUGGAUCCAGCUUUUCUCCUAUGGAUUCCCCCGUUGUCGAUGUCUGAGGAUUCUGAAGGUCCAUCUGCGGAUCAACCGGAUUGUUUUCAAGGCACGAUGGCGAGCCCGGCACUGUUUCGACUGCCGGAGGAGAUGACCGAGGGCGCGACUUUGACUCCGGCCGAGUAUCGGCGAAUGCGACAAAAGCUCGCCUCUAAUAUCGAGGAGACCAGACUGAACAGCUUCGAGCAGAAACGUCAAGACUCGACAUCAUCAUCCUCAUCAUCGAAGAACGACUCAUCGUCAGGCGGUAGCGCCUUGUCCGAGGACAGCAUCAGCAGCGAAAGCAGAGCUGUCAGGCUGAACGAGCGCCUGUUGCCGAUCCAUCGGAUCCUGGAGGAUUCCAGGACCCGGGUGAGUGAAGAAUCCUUGUGCAGUCAGCUCGCAACUGACAGGACGCAAUGCAUCAUUCCUAAUCGCCUUCAAGCCACUAAAUUCGAUCUCUGCCAGGAACAAGAUGUUUCAUCGAAAAGUCGGCAAGGUAGUUAUGUAAAUAUCACCGAUAACGUUGCAAAAUCGGAAGAUAAAGCGGAGAAAUCAAAGCAAACUUCGAAGAGGCAUGCCGAAGACGCAAUACUUCAUCACGCUACUUCGAAGUCGUAUAUAAAUCAAAAGACGAAGGAUGUUUCCCAAGAGGAUAAGAAGAAUCGAUAUUUUAAGAAUGAGAACACGUCCAGUAAAUUAUCCGAUAAAUCGAGUUCAAAGACACAAGGAUGCAUGGACGGCAGAGAGAAGGAUCUUCAGAAUGCCAAAGACGGUUCCAGAUCGGAUAUCCUUUUGACGAAUCUAAACGUAACAGGUGGUCAGUGCAAAUACCGAGAUUUUAUGCAGUUUACGCAACCUCGAGAGACUAAUAAAUUGUCAGAUUGCACUAAUAUUCCGAUGAUUGAAUUCUCGGGGCCGCGAUUAAACUCGCCAGCGACAGCUCGAAGACUGACGACGGAUAAUCUCAACAUUGGUUUGUCCAAGAAGGAGAUUCAGAGUCCGGAUUACGGGGUCGAAAGCGAUAUAAAGGUAGAACCACACGACUCCUUCUACGAUCUGAUCCGGGAGAACGAGGACGGCAUCAAAUUCGCAGACGACGAUGACGAGUAUAUCGAUAACAGAGCGAAUCUGUGAAAUUUAUGUUGUAAUUAUUACGUAUGGUUGCGCAAUAAAGAUCACUACUAUUUUACAGCUGAGAACAUUGUAUCAGCAUGACAUGUUUCAUAAAAUAAGACGUUUUGAUACGUUAAAUGCUAUAUUUUUACCUUCACUUGCUUAUAUAAAUAUUUUUUUUUAACUUUUUUAUUAUGUGUUGCAUAUUAUUCCCGUGAUAAUGUCUGCAAAUAUUUCAUGUGUAAUUUUCAUUCAUCAAAUAAUCAUAAACGAUAAUGAUCAUGAUCCAACAAUUUAAAAACUUCAAAAAUAAAUGACAAUUAACGUGUCAAUUCGUUUCUUAUGAUUAUGUAUAAUAUUUUUUUCUUUAAAACGCGGAAGGACGGAAAAGCAAAUAUAAUUGCUUUAAUCGCUAUUUUUGUAUAUGUGUAGAUUACUUGCACAAAAUAUGUAAAUAUGUUUUCCGUCCAAUCGCAUUAAACUAUAGUCAUUUCGAAUAUUAACUCUGCCUCAAUAACUCUCGCUUCUAUUACUUUACUAUUCAUUAUAUAUUAAUUAUGAAAUUUCAAAAGGAACUCUCUGUGUUCCCGAUUGGAAUAUUGUACAAAUUAUUUAAAAUAUUGUCAGUUAAAAAUUAGAUCUUAUCAUAUUUUUACAACCCUGCUAAUUUAUAUCUAAUCUGGAAUAAUAUUUCGAGAUUUGCACAAAAAUCGAUGCACUAAGAAUUAAACGCACUGUGUAUUUGUUAAUUUCUGUGAUAUGUUAAUGUUUUGUG